ACAGCGGCUGCGUGUGGACGGCAGCCGGUUACUAUAAUAUCCCUCCAGCAUCAUGGCAGCAGCGGCGGAUUGUCCCGGCACUGAUGCGGCUUUCCCGGAGACCCGGGGCAGUUCGGCGACGGCAGGUGGCAGCGGGGUCCCGGGAGCUGCUGCCGGGGACAAACCCGUGUGUCUCAUCGUGCUCGGCAUGGCGGGCUCCGGGAAAACCACCUUCGUCCAGAGGCUGACGGCUCACCUGCAUUCCCUCAAAUCUCCUCCAUAUGUCAUCAACCUGGACCCCGCCGUCCACGAGGUCCCUUUCCCUGCAAACAUCGACAUCAGGGACACGGUGAACUACAAGGAGGUGAUGAAGCAGUACGGCCUCGGACCCAACGGCGGCAUCGUGACGUCACUCAACCUGUUCGCCACCCGUUUUGAUCAGGUGAUGCAGUUCAUCGAGAAGAAGCGACAGAAUCACCGGUACGUCCUGAUUGACACUCCAGGUCAGAUCGAAGUCUUCACCUGGUCGGCGUCUGGAACCAUCAUCACCGAAGCUCUGGCGUCAUCCUUCCCCUGUGUGGUGAUCUACGUCAUGGACACGUCCCGCAGCGUCAACCCCGUCACCUUCAUGUCCAACAUGCUGUACGCCUGCAGUAUCCUCUACAAGACGAAGCUGCCCUUCAUCGUGGUCAUGAACAAGACCGACAUCAUUGACCACAGCUUUGCGGUGGAGUGGAUGCAGGACUUUGAGGCUUUCCAGGACGCUUUGAACCAGGAAACCUCGUACGUGAGCAACCUGACGCGCUCCAUGAGCCUCGUGCUGGACGAGUUCUACACCAACCUGAGGGUGGUGGGCGUGUCUGCGGUGACAGGAAGUGGAUUAGACGAGCUGUUUGUGCAGGUGGAGGACGCGGCCAAGGAGUACGAGAGGGACUACCGACCCGAGUACGAACGACUCCGCAAAGAGCUGACCGACGCUCGGAGCAAGAAGCAGCAGGAGCAGCUCGAGCGGCUCCGGAAGGACCUGGGAGCCGUCGACAUGAGGAACACGCCGUCCACAGCAGAUGAAGCCGACAUCGCCGGGCCCAGUGACCUCAUUAUGACACGCGGUAAUCCUGACGAGGAGGCGGUGGACAGCGACACAGACGACAUCGACCACGCCGUGACGGAGGAGAGCAAGGAGACCGAAGCCUUCGGAAACUUCCUGAAGGAGAGGAUGGAAGUGGUUCAGGUCCGAAACAGGAAGUGUAUGAUGCCCGAGGAUCCCUGACCUCAGAGGUUUCCCUCUGCAGGACACAGACUAUUACCUGGAGCAGAUCUUCCACUGCUGACGCACCUCGUCACAGGUUCAGACACGACGAAGCGAGGGCUGAACUUCCUGUAUGAUCAGGUGACCUGAUUGGCUGCUCCUUCCCAAAGAGAGAGAGAGAACUAUAUUUUUAUAUCUUCUGUUCCAUUACUGUUGGCUUUGUUUGUGAAAGUACUGAAAGGAUUUAUGGCAUGUAAAAUAAAAUGAGCUCUGAUAUCAGGA